CCGUAUCCUGACUUACAGACGCCACCAGAAAAACUCCAUAGUAACACACACAAACCCACACAAAUAUACUCACACAGCUUACACAUUUCCUAACUUCCUGUGGCUCAAGGACAACUUCCUCUUUAGCCAUUGACUUCAGAGUCGCCAUCAGUAAGAGCUCACUGCAGCAACAGACAUAGUUCAGUCUCGGGAGAUGGACAGGGCAACUGAUGGAAGAUCACAGUCAGUGGUUUCAGAGGGAAUUUAUACUGGACUGGUCAACCCAGACAGGGAUGUGUACAGUACUCUAGACAGAACGCCACACAGGAACCCAGGAGAGCAGAACACGGUGGCCAUGAAAAAGAUCCCGGGCCCUGUGUCCACAGUGAGAGCAGAGCCCAGCCCAGCGCCUUGCAGACCGGCCACCGUGUGCCUGGGGCUGUUAUGUGCUGUCUUACUGACCAUCAUCAUCGUCCUGCGCGUCUACUAUAACACAGGCUCUCGCCGUGCCAGUGAAGCAAAUCUCCGCCUGUCCCUCCUGACGGAUGAACUGGAUCAGCUCCAAGUGAACCACAGCACCCUGACCGCUAUCUACAACAAGUUACAGAGCGAGAAAGAGGCCCUGGAAUCCCAAAUAAAGAGAGUCUGUAAACCCUGUCAACCAGGCUGGGUGCUCUUCAACUUCAAGUGUUACUACUUCUCCAAAGCUUCACAGACCUGGGCCGACAGCCGUGCUGACUGCCAAAACCGGGGAGCAGACCUAGUGAUUAUAGAGAGUGCGGAGGAGCAGAACUUCACGAACGUAAAGACGAUGGGCGAGAUUUCCUGGAUUGGCCUGACCGAUACAGCAGAAAAGGGGACCUUCCUGUGGGUGGAUGGCAGUAGAGAGUCUGGCGGGUACUGGAGGAAUAAUAAGAUGGAGAAACUGAACAGAAACGGGAACUGUGUGGCUGCCUAUCCCCUCCCUCCCUCUUUCUCUCUCUCACUCGCUUGUUCGCUCUCACUCCUACUUGUCCGUCUGGGGGAGGGAACAGCCCGAGUCUCAGAGAAGCGCUCCAAGCAGAGCUUGCCUGUGCCGACUGCGUCCCUGAACUGCCAGCGCGCCUCGUCUGCAAACAGAUCAGAAAUGAUGAGAGGAGAGAUCUGCCCACUACUUUGUCUUGGAGUGUUUCUACACUAUGCAUAUGCCGAUGUGUUCUAUGCUGUAAUAAACAGCCGCAAUCUGGACCUCCCCUGUGGCGUGGACACGGACACACCUGACAUCCAAUGGAAAUACAGAACACCAGGAAGCCAGGAAUACACUCUGAUACUCUCCACUAACACAAGAAGUGGUGCAACUCGCAAAGGGCAAGGUACACAUCUGCAAAGCAGAACCAGGAUAAAUGGCCGCGGUCUCCGGAUCUCCUCGGUCCAGAAGGGAGACUCUGGGUUUUAUCGGUGUGACCAGGGUGGGAGACAGACAGAGCACCAGCUCUUACUUGUAGUAGUGUCCGCAGACCCCCCAAGCCCACUCCUGCAGUCUUCCAAGGUGAUCCUGCACUGCCAGGUUGAGGGCGGAUCCUCGCCCAGACGGAAGUGGCUGUGGCCCAAUGGGACAGAUGCUCAGAGCUGGGGGGAGGGGGAUAUGGAAAUGAAAGGUGUAAGCCACACCCACCACGGAGCAUGGAAGUGUCAGAUUGAAGACAAUGCCUUUGAGGCAACACUGAAUAUAUAUGUCUUAGGUAUUAAGCCCCUGACCCAGCCAGUCCUGAGAAUUAAGGAGGGAGACACUGUCGUACUGCCCUGUCAACUUUCGGCCUCUGUCUCCAACAUGUUAAGUCAUCUGUCCUUCAUCAGAGGAGGGUGGAAGAUUGAGUCCUCACAGCAUCCCCUCCUGUCUCUGCGUAGUACAGGUGAAACAGGGCUGUGUUGGAAUGAGACAAAGCUGAAGGGAAUCCAGAACAUUUCUCAGGAAAAGUUGUACACUGACCUUUCAAUUUCUCUGAAUGAGGUGAAACCAGAGCAGUCAGGUAUUUACUGCUGUUUUCUGAGUUUCAAGGAGGGGACGAUCAACUCCACUGUCACGUUGCAGGUGGAAGGAGCUCCAGGAGGCAUGGAGCACAGCAGUCAUUCAGCCUCCUCUCUUACCCGAAAGCCAGACAUUCAAUCCACAAAUUUGAAGCUGCGUUGCACAAUUGAAGGCGAGACCUCAGAUAGGCUGACAUCACUGCUGGUCAAUGGGACUCAGACUCAGAGGCCACAGGAAGGGAACAGAGAGAGAAGUUCUUCAUACCAAGGAAAGCUGGAAUGUCCAAUUGGAGAUGCUGACAUAGCAACUAUUGAUAUAGUUGAGUUAGUCCAGCCAAGUUCUGUCUCAAUCCUCGGGAUGACAAUGGAGCUGUGGGUUCUAGUGGUGAUCACUGUGGGGUCCAUCCUCUUGAUCAUCCUCACCAUCCUCACUGUGGCUCUGAUAGUGAAGAACAGGAGGCUGCAGAAUAAACAAGAGUCCCACAGACAGUCCACAUCAGACAACGAAUAUAUCUACAGCAACAUGAACAGCACCUUUGGAAGGCGGAGAGAGAAUGCCCACUCCCAGAAGCGCCCGGUUUACUGAAGAGAGGGUGUGACGGGGUGGGAACGAUUGUGCGUGAGUGGAGACAGAGAGGGAUGCGUGUAAGUGUGAUGGUGUGUGUGUGUGCACAGAGAGAAAGGGAAAUAGAGACUGUGAGAUAGAGUGUAGAAGUGAAAGAGAGAGAGAGGCUGCACGAGACAGAGGGAAUUUGUCACAAAAGGAGCAGUACUUUGGGGGGAUACUGCAAUUGUAACGGGAGCCGGUCCAGGAUCCCAUGAAGCAUAGUUUAGGACCCUAUGCAGACGGUAUAAUCCGGAAGUAAGUGG